UCCUCAGCAAUCUGGCGCGUGUGUGCGCAUGCGCGGUCCCUUUAAACUUGUUUUUCUUUCUCUCCUCCUUUCCAGACGUUCUUCUUCUUCUUCUUCUUCUGUUUUCGCUGUCGGAACAUAUUUAGACUCAUUCUUGCUCGCAGCUCGGCGGUUUAUGGAACAUAUUUAUUAUCAUUCUAUAGCUGAGUACUUUUGAAGUUGUCUAAAAUCACUUCGCAACCAUGUCGAAUCCGACAGGAGAGAGGCAGGAGGAGCCAUCGUCGGCUGCAUCACUCGCUUCCACCAAAUGCCUCUCUUCUUCUUCCUCGCAGCUCGCUUCUUCAAACAUGUCGACUCCACACAAUUCAACCGAGCAGACUGAAGAUGAUUUCGUUAAUAAAUCCUUUCAAAGCCCCAGAUAUCCUCACGAAGCCACACUCAAUAGAAGAGCUAACGAUUGUUCCGAAUCAAACAUAGACUCAACUGGCAAUAAUAGCAGUUUAGAUUGUAAUGCAACAGAAUUUGUCCCUGAAUGUGCAGUCGAUGAAACUGUAAACAAUAUAUUGAAUUGUAACAGUGUUCUCUCUCCAAACGCCUCAGAGUUUUAUCCAAGAAAAACAUUAACAUAUGAUGCAAUAUUUCACUACAGUAUAUUCGAUCGUUUGCCAGCAUGUACUGCUCAUUUCAGUCUAUCGGAAAGAGAAAAAAAUUGUCCACAUUGUUUACUUGAAGUAGCUCUCUAUUAUCUAACAACACAUCCAGGAAACAUUGAUGACUAUAUGAGGCCAGUAACUGAGGCCUUAUACACAACACACAUCACAGAAAACAGCUUGGCUGAAAUGGCAGAAACAAUUUUUGAGAAGUCUGUAAAAAUGGAAAAUUUUGCUUACACUGGAGCAAGAAUAUGUAAAUACAUUUCAUCGAUAUCAGAUAAGUCACUUGCCAAGAGUUUUCAAGAUUGUUUAAUUAAGCGUUGUGAGAAAGCAUAUAACCUAAGAACAGAAUUAAUAUCAUCGGCAGCAACAAUCCCAAGGUUUUGUAGAAUGUCCUUAUUUAUUGCAGAACUUUUCUUGUUACUGGAGCUUGAGACUGAUGGUGUGAAGGAAAAACUAAACGUAUUGAGAAAUGCCAUCUAUUCUUUACUGGAACUUCUUCUGAAACAUAGCGGUGAUGAAACAGUGAAAUGUGCGGCACACUUGAUGAAGUUGGCAGGUGCAGCUUUGGAGGACUCAGAACAUCCAAAUAACCAAUCCCUCGAUAAAAUAUAUCUUAGUUUUGAAGAGCUUAAAGGUUCACCAAAAUUAAAUAAGACGUCUGAAAUACUUAUUGAUUCCGUGUUGAAAUUAAAAGAAGUACAUUUUGGUCGUAAUGAAAGUGCUCAAAGUAAGGUUUCCAGCUCCUCACCAACAGAUGCUGAUAAUACAGUACCUCCUGUGAAUCCGAAUUCUGAAGCUGCUUCUAAUGCAGUCUUUAUUACGAAUGAACCAAUUUUUUUCAACAAAAAAGGUCAGCAGAUCAGCCGACAAGAAGCAGGUGUUGAUGCUGAAGCUGAUAUGAGCCAACUUUUAGCUGAAGUUGAUUUAGAGGACAUGCAAGACUUACAAAUUCUUCAAUAUGAAACAGAAAAUUCAAUGGAUGAAGAAAUGAUGAAUUAUUAUGAGAAAUAUUUAGAAUCUUGUGAAAAAUAAUAUUUCUUCAAAUAUUUUUUGUAAUUUCAAGAUAUUGUUCUUGUUCCUACUUUGAUUACUUCUUGAAAGCUAUUUUUCAAAUAUAAUAUUUUGCACAGAAACAAAACCAAUUAUGUAUUCCUGUGGCUCUUUAAGCAAUAGGUUACUUAGAUGCUAAAACAUCAAUACAACAUCCAUUAUAGUCUCACUCGCAAAUGACCUCUAUGACAUUUAUUGAUUUGAAUACAACUUUCUAUUUAAAUUUUGUCCAUUAAUUAUUGUCAUUGUGAAAAAUUACUCUUUAAAAAAAAGAAAAAAAAAACCAGUGUGAUGCAGUUAUUUUUGAUAUGAUUUUAGUGACUAAUUAAACAGCUCCAUCUAACUUGUCUUCUUAGUAUUAAAGCUAGCUUAUUUACAACAUUGUAGAUUUUAUCUUUGUAGGAGGAAAGACUUGACCAAUAAUUAGGAUUCUGUUUUAGAAUUAGAUUAAAAAACAAAACUGGUUUCUCUGUGAUAAUAAUUAUCUCUAGAUUCUUGUGAGAUCUCUUCCUCAGAAUUAACAAGAGUUUUACUUCUAGCAUUUUUCAUUUGAGGACAAUUCCAGUACACUCAAUGCAUUUCUUUGUUCUAGAACCUGAUUUCAAGAAAAUAAGAGGUUUUUAACUUAACAGGAUCAUUUAAAAUAGUUUGGGGGAAAUUAUUCUUCAAACCAAUGAAUUUUUCUUUCAUUUUUGUGUGGCCAUUGUUGUUUAUUUGAUGUCCAUUGGAAUAAAUCAUUUUUUUUAUUUUACAAAAUAAAAUUUUAUUUUAGACAUUUGGCUGUUUAAGUUUCUCAAAUUCUUAAUUACUAACAUUUCAGUUACUAAUCAGCCAAAAUUGAUGUCUUCCAUAAAAACAAUUAGUUCAGCUGUAGAAGGUUUCCUUAGCAAACAAUACCAUCGCAAGUAUUUGAAAUAAAACAUUUUCUUUGUGUCUCAUUUCCAUCACA